AUCGCAUCAGUCCCCUAUUCAUUCUUCUGCUACUUCGAUUACCACGUGUUUUCGGUAUCUGUUCGCGACUGAAUGGGUGUUGCGGUUAUUUUAUUACUCACCGUCUUGCUCAUUGCGAUAGUUGGUACUGAAAGCUGUUCAACAAGCGAAUUGGAACGCUGCUUGGUAGUUCUGCAGUCAGUAUCAGAAAGUGACGACUUGGCCCUCGCCACAUCGAAACAGGAGCUCCAAUUAGUAUGCAGGAAAUUACAGAAAGGGGUCAAAUGCAUUGAUGACCACAGCUCACGUUGCUUUAAUUCUGCGCAACUGCGAGUAUAUGAUUCUGUAGUGUCAGAAUCUAGACAAGUUAUAGAAGAUAUCUGUGUAGAUGGAGAGCUGCAAAGAGAUUACCUGGCGCAUGCUCCAUGCUUCAAAAAUAUAUCAACGGAUUCCAAAAAGUGUGCGCCCAAAUAUCGGAAGAUGGUGAUUUUAUCGCAGGAAUUGAAAGAAGAGGACAAAGAUUCUGCUUUGAAAUCGGUUUGUUGCGCAUUAAGGGAUUUUACUCUGUGCAAGCAUGAGUAUGCCAUUCGAGAUUGUGGUCCAGGAGCCAUCCAGUUUCUUCAGCGACACAUGGAGCGGAUGUCAGGUUCUCUCAUCAAUGAACACUGUGUGUUGUACACUUAUGGGGCGGGCUCUUGCUCUUCUCAUUUACGCAAUUCCAGAGUUCCUUCUAAAUCCAGCACUCAUUGGCUUCUUCUAUUGAUUAUUGUUAUCGGGGUUCUGUACAUUUCGUAAAUUUUCUUUCGAUUUCUUGAAUCUGUAAACGGGAUCAGGAAACAUGGCCUCUCGCAAUUCAUCUCUAACACAUUUGGAUACAAAUUCUACAUAAUAGGAAUCGGAUAAGCUAGUGAUGAGUAAACUGCGGUUUCUUCAGGUUAAUUAGAAAUUUAAUUAGGUUAAUUAGAAAUUUAAAUUAAUAUUAUAAUCAGCAUAUAUUAUUUCG